AUGCUGUACGCAGCUGUGAUCCUCAUGUGGGGCGCUUUUCAACUUUUUAUUGUGCUUCGUCGUGGAGGGCGAAUGGAGAACAGCGUGGGGCCGCAUCUUGAUCCGAGAGACACGUUCGUGACAAGCGCAUUGCUACCGGAAGAUUUUAGGGUCUGGAGGCGUAUCUCAUCUUCAAAUGAGAUGAGAACAGAGAGCUUCUACCGUCUUCGCUCCGCUGUUGGCGGGCGUUGGCUGGGACACUUCUCUAACGGAGUCUACCACGAUGUUUCUGAGAGAACAGUUGGUGUUCUUCGUGGCCGGACAAAAGAUACAUAUGCUAUUCAGGCGUGGAGCACAAUGUUUUUGUCUGCACACAGUGACGGAAGAGUUGGGAUGGACCGGGCUGCAGCAAGGUCCGCAGAGAUGUGGCGGUUUGAUUUCGUGUCUGCUUCAGGGACAGUUGCCCUUUGGUCUGCCUCUGAGCGUCGCUAUGUGCGUGUCUCCGGUGACCGUUUGAAGUGCGACGUGAAGGAGCUGGGUGCUGCAGCCCAGUGGGAGAUUUAUGUUGAGCCUCGUGUGGCGUGUCGUUCGCCUGCCGUUGGCGAAGCCUGGAAUUUUGUCGCCCGUGAUUGCUGGGGAUUGGUGCGCUCGCCACAGAAUGAACCAGCUGGCAUGAUUGUUUUGUUUGGGACCCCCAAACCCCUUAAAUCGCUUGCGCCAAACACAAGUGAUAAACACGAUCCUUUCGUUAUUGUUAAUCGAACACUUUUCAACUGGGCGCUUAUUGAUGGUGUUCAGCCAGUGGUGUUGACAGACGAUCCCUUGAGCCACAAACUCAUUGAGCAGAUUAAUCAGGAGAAUGCAGCAAAAGGGGUUGGACACCAUAUUGACGUCAUAAAAGAAUUUGAGUGUCACGAGAAGUUUGGUCAACCAACAUAUCGUGGUCUUUUCUUGAGUGUAUUGCUGGCGUACCCUGAUGCCCAAGCAUUCAUGUACUCCAACAUGGAUAUUCUAUUCUCGCGCUCCUCAGUGGCAACCAUCCAUGCCAUACGACGCUACAAAGAUGCUGUUGCGCAUCGCCUGCCCAGCGUCAAGGGAUGGUUUGCCGUUGGUCGCCGCAUUAACGUUGACAUACCGUUGAAUUGGUCGUUAAAUUCUGACUGGGAGGAGGAUGUGGAGGUAUCGUUUAGAGCGGAAGGGGUCCCGUUCCAAUCCCUCUCGGAGGACUACUUUGCUAUGAACAACGACAUGUUUGACUGGAGGAAGGCACCUGAUUUUGUUGUUGGUGGUACGGCAUUUGACAAUUGGCUAACCACUCAGGCCGUUUUGCGUGCCCGGGAAGGUCUAGCAUUGACACUGGAAGCGUCCCAUACUCUGACGGCGAUACAUCAGAAUCAUGGAGAGAAUGCCAAGGCGAGCCACCGUCACCCAAAGUCGCGGUACAAUAACGUGUUGGCACAUCGAAACGGUGGGUGGUCGCUUGGCCGCACAACUGAUGCUCCGUUAAUGACUGUACGUCAUUUUGGGGAUGAAAUACUGGUUUUCGACAAGCUGGGCAUCCUGCUUGGCUGA